UGCAUUGGUUUCACAAUUCUUCAAAAGUUUGCAUUUUCUAUUCUCUCUUAAGCCCGAAAGUACAAAACACCUAUAAAACAUGUCUCGUUUCGUGAUAUUCUCUGUGAUUCUCAUCGUUUUCAUCUACUCAUCAUUAAGCUUUUCGAAAACAGAAGCGACUCCUCCAGCCAGAUACCAAAACUACAACACGUUCGUGAAAACGGCAUGCAACUCGACAACAUACCCUACAAAGUGCUACAGCUCAUUGUCCUCCUACUCCUCCACCAUCAAGUCCGACCCUCUCAAACUAUGCAAAACGUCGCUCAACCUCAACGUCAAAUCCGCCAAAAAUGCCACAUCAGUCAUUUCUAACCUUCUUCUAAAGGCCAAAGCCGCUAAAAGCCAUGAGGUCCCUAUCCUCAAGGACUGCUUGGAGGAGAUGAAGAACACCGUGGACGAGCUCAAGCAAGCGUUGGCCGAGAUGAAGUAUGUCAGAGGUGGAGGAAAAACUACGGAGGAGCACUUAAAGAACGUGAGGACGUGGGUGAGCUCGGCGUUGACCGACGAGGGCACGUGUACGGACGGAUUCGAGGAAGGGGAAGUAAAUGUAGAGAUGAAGAAGAAGGUGAAGAAGGCUGUUUCUGAGCUUUCAAAGACUACAAGCAACACUUUGGCUCUUCUUACUCAUUAUUUAAGUUAUUGAAUAUCCACCUCAUCUUUGCAUGUGCAUGUGAACGUUUUAUUUUGUUAUAUGGCAUUAUAAAUUUAUAAUUAAUUAGUAAUAUAAAUUCAAAGUUUUCACAAAUGUGUAAUGUUUACGAAUUAAUUGAUCCGCAUACAGUACUACUACGUGGCCAUGUUUAGGUUUA